GGGGAGGGAAUCCUUAGAAGAGCACUCUUAUGAACCAGAGACCCCCCGUUGGCUGGACCAACACUGCAACCAGGACCGGUGAUCUCUUUAUCUCUCUCUCACCCCCCCCGCCCCUUCUCUUUUCUCUUAGAGUUGUUAAGUAACACAACGCGUACCUUACUGCUUGCCAUAAUUUGUUAUAUACCUAACCAAGUAUUGGAAAAACUAGUUUAAGACAUAUAUUAAUCACUGUGGGAAUCUAAUAAGUGUUUGUAUACGGACCACACUGCUGGGGAUUUGCGAAUCCGAGUCACUCACCCUCCUCUUCUGAUUGGGUCGUGACAUUAAAUUGGUGUCAUGGACAGGAUCCCCUCCGUGUUGGAAGGUGCUAAGGGAUACCGAUUCUCCAUCUGACGAACAUGGUCAGGGAGAACAGGGAAGUGACCUCUCAGCUAUAAGGCGGGAGAGGUUCAAGUGUUAGCAAGCCACAACUGCCUGGGAAAUGUCGGUGCUUGACUGCUCCCUGAUUCUUGAGAAAUUGAAGGAGUAUGAGGCGUCUCCUACUCCACCGGGAGUGGUCUGGACCCACGACAAUUGUCAUAAUCCAGAAGUAGUGGCAAGUUGUAUCACUAACCUUGUGAAGGAGCAAGGGUUGUGGUCAGGUAAAGGAAAAGCUAUAGUGUGUGCAGUAUUAGGGGCAGCACUGACCGCAGCCCAAAAGGAUAGAGACUUGACUGGGCAAGCAGAAGGGGAGACAAUCAGAUCCUUGCAAGAUCAGGUAAAAGUUCUACGGGAUCAAUUGGCUGAGGAACGUGAUGUUACCAAAACAGUCAAGUCCUUGCAAGAGCAAACUGAAAUUUUGCAAAGCCAAUUAGCCGCUGAGCGUAACACCACUCAGCGACUCCACGCAGCUCUGUCAGAUGCCCUGGACCGAGACAAAAAUCAAUGGGAGGUCAAUCGGGUACUGGUGUGGCAACAAGAAAAAUGGGAGGAAAUCCUGAACAUAGCCAAAUGGAAAUCCUUUUUAGUAGGAUGGAUUGCUGUGCACCAGAUAGGAGACCAUCCAGCUUACCUUUUGAAUGAUCAGGUGGAUUCGCUGACCCUCUUAGCAAGGUUCACUCUAGAGGGUGAAGAGGAAAAAUGGGAACACUUAAUUGGAAUGGUUGCAUGUAAAACGAGGCCACUCAGGGAGCAAAGAUUCGUUCAAAGAGGCAGUAAGUAGGGUAUGGUCUGUAACCAGGAAAUUGUACAAUACCAUUAUUUCAGUGUGUGGUCUAUGCCGUACUGGGCUAGGAGAACACAACCCUCUUAAGGACCAACUCCUACACCUAAGGGACAAUAAGGGACUAUGGGACACCUGGCAGGUGGAUUAUAUUGGUCCUUUCCAGGUUUCUGAGGGAAAAUGCUAUGUAUUGGUGGGAGUUGAAAUAGUGUCAGGCCUAACCCAAGCAGAAGCUGUAUCUUGAGCAACAAAGGCAAGUAUGGUGAAGGGGUUAAAACAAUGGUUUAGCUGCUUGCCUAAACCCAAAUUGAUCCAAUCAGACAACGGAAGCCACUUUACUGCUGGGGUGUUUCAGGAGUAGGCUUGGGACAAAGUAAUCUAGUGGGUUUUCCAUACCCCAUACUACCACCAAGUGAAUGGGAUUGUGGAGUGUACCAACAGCGUUCUAAAGUGGGCCCUAAAACUCCAUGAAACCGGGAUGGCCACAACGGGUGCCAGACACAGUAACAAGAGUAAACAGCUGGUGGGGAAUUAAUGGUUGCCCAUGGCUCACAGCCUUCUGUCCCAGGGCUCUGUCUAUACUUCCUGGGGAGAAGCAAGCCAAAGAUCCUGUGAAUCCCCUUCACUGCCCUGGGCAACCCGUUCUAGUGAAUUUGCGCUCUAUUGGAACAGUACCCCUAACCCUGAAAACUCCCAUCAACUUAUAUGCGUGGACAGCCACUGAUGCUCAUGGGAAGGACCAUCGGAUCCACACUAGAAGGAUCGUCCCAUCUUUUUAAUUAUUUUCUG